GUGCUAUAUCGAAUUGUGCGACCGGUUAGGUGGCGAUUACGCUACGCUAGCAUUUUCCUGUUGCCGCCGCAAUCCGCAACAUUGCUUGCUGCCUGUUUAGUCACCGUUUGAAGCCGCUCGCUACAAAUUGCAUACAAGCAUUUUCAUAAGGCAACGCUUUUCGGUGUCGUUAUUUUCUUAUAGAAACUGCGUCUUGAAUUAUCCACCACCAUGACGGACAAUCAAUACGCAAGCUAUCAGCAACAAAAUUACAGUCAAUAUAGUCAGCCACCUCCAUCGGCUGGCACCCCAGACACAUCUUAUCCACCUCCAAGUACAGGAAGCUCUGGCUCCUAUAACCAGUAUAGCCAGCCUCCACCAAACUACCAACAAAGCUACCAGAACUAUCAGAAUAGCGAAAGUAGUCAGGAUUACAACCAGUCUCAGACUGAGAGUAAUUACAACCAAAGUAGCUAUGGUAGUAGUGGAGGUGGUGGCAGUGGUGGUGGAGGUAGUGGUGGCUAUAAUAAUGGUAGUAGCAGUAACAACUAUGGAAGUGGUUACGGUGGCGGAAGCUCAGGAGGUGGAGGAGGAGGAGGUGGUAGCGGUAGUGGAGGAUAUAGCCGUAGCAGCUCUGGAGGAGGAUAUGGUAGUGGAGGAGGAGGCGGUGGUGGUGGCGGUGGCGGUGGUAGCCGUUACGGUGGAAGUGAUGAUCGAAGGGGAUACAGUGACCGGUCAGGUGGUGGCAAUUACAACAGUGGCGGUGGCCGUGGUGGUUAUAACAAAGGGGGAUAUGGUGAUCGCAACGAUGGUAUGGUCACCCAGGAGGACACUAUUUUCGUAUCCGGCAUGGACACUGAUAUUACCGAAGACGAAAUUUGCCAGCAUUUCGGCGCUAUCGGACUGAUUAAGAGCGACAAGCGCACUGGCAAGCCAAAGAUUUGGAUGUACAAGGACAAGAGCACCGGUAAAAAUAAGGGUGAGGCGACAGUGACGUACGAUGAUCAAAAUGCUGCGCGGUCCGCCAUCGAUUGGUUCGAUGGCAAGGAGUUCAAGGGCUGCACCAUCAAAGUGCAGAUCGCUCAACAUAAGAGCAGUUGGCAAGGCGGCCGUGGAGGUGGUGGACGUGGCGGUGGUGGUGGCGGUGGUCGCGGAGGUGGUGGUCGAGGAGGCGGCGGCUAUGGUGGAGGCGGUGGCGGCGGUGGUCGCGAUCGUGACCGAGGUGACCGAGACCGAGAUGAUCAUCGCGGCGGCGGACGUGGUGGCGAUAGCGAUCAUCGCCGUGAUAGUGGCGGUGGUGGCGGCGGUGGUGGCAGUUUUCGCGGAUCUGAUUGGCGAUGCCCGAACCCAAGCUGUGGCAACAUGAACUUUGCCUGGCGCGACCAAUGCAAUCUCUGUAAGAGCUCUAAACCUGAGGGCAUGGGUGGAGGUGGCGGAGGUGGAGGCGGUGGUCGUGGAGGUGGUGGACGUGGCGGUGGCGGCGGUGGCCGUGGAGGUGGAGGAGGCGGCGGCGGUGGCUUCCGAAAAGAUGGAGGUGGUGGUCGAGGUGGUGGCGGUGGUGGCCGUGGAGGAGACAGAGGUAGCAGAGGUGGUUUCCGUGGUGGUGAUAGGGGAGGUGGCCGCGGUGGCGGUCGUGGAGGACCAAUGCGUGGCGGCGGAGGUCGCGGAGACCGAGACAGAGAUCGUAAUAGGCCCUACUAAAUUCCUUCAAUAUAGAAGGAACGCAAUUACACCACGUGUUAAUUAUAACACGGAAACGCUAUAAGCGAAUAUGUACAUUUUUUCAUAAUAUUAUCAAGUAUGCACCUAAUUUCAAUGAGUCGUGUUCAUGUUCUUAUUUUUACCUAUAAACAAUAACUAUUUGAAUGAUUAAUUAUUCUAAGAAAUAGCGCGUACAGUCCUGAUUUUGACAUAAAGGCCAUUUUAUGCAGACAGUAAUAGCAAAAUUAAAAAUUCUUAAGCUGAAGAACGCACGACAAUUCUGUGUAAAGGUUGUACCGCUUUUACGUAAUUAAAAUAUAAUUACCAUUAUAUUAUAGUUCUUGACCCAAUUAAAUAUAAAAAAUAGGUUUUAAUAAAAAUAACCCAUAGAUUAAGAAUUAAGUAGUUUAU